UAGAAGGUGCUUACUGUGGCAUUGUCAAAGUAGACAGUGUGGAUUGUGGGUAAAUGGCAAUGGUGAUCUGCACUGAGCAGGCCCUCAGUGAAACCAUAGAUGCUAUCCCAUGAUCCUCUCUGCAUUCCUGGUUUGGAGACAUGGGUGAAUGGAGGGGAGUGUGGAAAGGAGGAUUAACGGUGGAUCAGGAGAGCAGUUUGGGGCCUUUUGCUUCUGACCUUCUUAGUGACCAGAUCGCUCAGGGUUCCUCCCGCAAGCAAUUCUAACUUCUUAUCAGUGGCACGGAAACCUCCCAUGAGCCUUUGCAGGGCUGUGCUGUAUGUCUGCCACUGUAGCAUCCAGCAGGCACGAUCUUGCCUCGGGUUGUCAUCCUGAUAAGUGAGUGAGUGUGUAGAGCUCCUCUGUGUCAUUGGUUUUGAAAAGUAAGUCUCUGAAAAAGGUAAAGCACAGGAAGGAUUAUGACGCGGGUAGACUGAGGCAGAAACAUGCGGCAUCGCUGCAUAUUACUCAAGUAAAUCAGAAGACUCAUCCUUUUGAAAGAGACUUCAUGAUGUACCUGAUAAAAGGAACCAAUAAAAUGGGGCAACAUAGCUCAGGAGGUAAGACCGAUUGUCUGGCAGUCGGAGGGUUGCCGGUUCAAACCCCGCCCUGGGUGUGUCGAAGUGUCCUUGAGCAAGACACCUAACCCCUAACUGCUCUGGCGAAUGAGAGGCAUCAAUUGUAAAGCGCUUUGGAUAAAAGCGCUAUAUAAAUGCAGUCCAUUUACCAUUUAAAUGGUUAAGCAGAUUAGCAAUAUUUUAAAAGCAGCACAGAACAUUUGAGAUUUGACUGUUUGACUGUAAGUUUUGCAUCAUUUUUAAAGCAGCAAACUUUUGAUGAUGGCAUGCUUUUUGAUAUUUUUCAAGUACAACUGAAGCUUUAUGUGACCCUUUAAAACUGGCGGAUUAACCAUUUAAAUUUAAUCUCACUGAGCAGUCAAUCACUGUAUGGUGUACCUUCUUCAUUUAUUCAAGUAACCUAUUCACAUAGCUAAGCAGACUGUUUUUGGAAUUGGUAAUGCGGCACCUGGUGCCACAGCCGACUGCCACAAAACAAAAUCAUUUCUGGGGAAGUUGUGCUUUGUGAAGUCCUCGACAAACUGGAAUUAUCUUGUGAUGGCAAAAUCUGUGAAUAGAAGAUAUUUUUAUUUUUUUGGAUGAGCAUCACCGAUACUGGCGCAGCGAAGUGCCAAGCGGAUUUUUGUGAGAAUGUGUGUGAGACAGUAGGAAAGCAGAUCGUUUUGAGUGACGUGAAGGGAGAGAGGACUGUGGUGACGUGUUCUGAAUGUGAAAUAAGGAAGUGACGUGGGGGGGCAACUGCUGUUCCUUUUCCCCGUGUAGAAUAGUCAGUCAUUUGUGCAUGGGAAAUGGAACGGAUAGUUUUUAAUGGAUUCAUCUGAAAUUAACAGUUUGAUGAAAGUUUUUUGAUUCCCGUCCAGAAUGCAUUAUUUCAUUGCCUGAUAAAUUUGACUUGGAGGUCACUUUCCCAGGGUAGAAUUCCCAAAGCAUUGCACUUUAUUUUCUAGAUACAGGGCGUGGGAGACCUGCCAGCAUUUUGUUUAAAUUUUAAAAAAAAAAUUUUUAACCCAAAUUACUGGCAAACAAAUGUUAAUGUUAAGUGAUUGUUGAGGUCAAACUUAAGCGUGUGAGCUGUUUUAAAAAUAACUUAAGAAUGUUCCGGAAUGGGGAAGACAGGGAUUCUGAGGAUAGUCAUUUUGUAUUGAGUUGUUGUAGAAUGUAAACUUUUAUGUAAUAAUUAUGGUAGGAAAUUUUUUGAGGAAAUUGAAGCAAGUCUAACAUGAAUCCAUGAAGCAUUUAGAGAAGGAAAAUCCAGAGUAUGGUAUUAUAUGUUGAAGGUCAUAAUGCAGAAUUUCUGUAUUGCUAUUUGCCUGUGUUUACAUUCACACAGGCUAGGAAUAAGCCAGUUAAACAGUUUCUUUUAUGUUCUCACGAUUUAAAAAAAUAAAAAUAAAUAAAACAAGGAUAUUUAUAUUGUUGGAAUUGGGCCUGAGAUGAAAAAUUGGACAGAAAGCAAAGAAUUUUGCUUGGAAAAAACACAUCUUUUGCUACCUGAACUGUGAAAUCGAGUAACCUAAAUUCAAUUCCUCAUUUCUUUUUACUGCCUCUUAGUAAUUAUGCUAUUCUGUAAAUGUUUAUGAUAUCAUACUCCUGAGUGAUAUUAAUGUGCACAGCUGUAUUAUUAUAUAAAUUGUAGCUUUUUAUUUCUUACUUUUGAUAUUGUACUCCAUACUUUUAUGUACUUAUUACCUUCGUAAAUGAUCCCAAGACACCACCCCCAAGCUGGCGAAGUUUUGAGUUCAAAUCCAUGUAAUACUUCUCUUUGCCAGCAGGUUGUGCUGUAGUUACUGAAAAUGAACUGAACACGUUCGUUUGCGCGGUAUUCCCGUGCUGGGGGAAAAUGCUUUCUGCAUGAGACUUAAGCGCAGCUGGACCAAGGAAUUCACGUCACAUUUCAGUGUAUGAGGGGCUGGGAGAGGCAUGCGCUCUUACGGGGAUGUAAUCAGUGUUUUAGAUAUGAAGAACAGCCAUGCAUGUCACGGAAAAGCUAGUGGAAUAGCUUUUAAAAAACUUUUUUUUUUUUUUUUUUUUUUUUUGAGAUUUCAAAUGAUUUUGUUCUGAAUUGCGGCUUAGGACUUAAAAAAAAAAAAAAAAAAAUGCUGCCAAUGGAAUCAGGGGGAAGUGUGCCAGCCAUGCCCAGGCCACCGUUAACCGCAGUCAAAAGGUCAGAAGGGCUCCCCCCCCCCCACCCCACCCCACCCCACAUGACAGUCUUCCCACCAACAUUCUCCCACGUUUUGGCUCGGAAUGGCAGUGCCAUCCAGUCGGGGGGGGGGGGGGUUUGGGGCUGGGCGGUCUGAAGUGGCAAACAUCCGAAGGUGUCGGUGAUCGAGGGCCAGUGGCGCACUGUCAGGGCACACGCCAUCCGUGGGCAACCACAACACCUCGAACCCCCCCCCCCCCCCCCUUCCAGCCACAUGGACUUACUUUUCGUUUCACCUGUCGCCGUGGGAGACGGAUGUCGGUGUAGCACUGUGCUUGGAGGGGCCACGGAAACCCUGAUGCUGGAGACCCCCCCGCCCCCCCGCCUCUUCCUCCUCUCCCGACCCUGUGACGCUGUGGAUGGAGCCCUGUGAUUUAUGCAUUCAUAAAUAAAAACAAUAACUGCAAUGAUGAUAACAAUAAAUAUGGAUAUUGAAGCUACACUGUUUGAGGUCCAAUAAGACUUUUCUUAUGUAUUUGUAGCAGUUUAUACAUAUCUUUUUUUUCUUCCUUCAAUAAACACUGACUCAUCCCAA